UCACCAGAUUAAAACUUUGCGAUCGGCAGCCUUCUCACUCUGAGAGGCAGCGAGCACGCUGAAGGUCCCUUCCCCGACAGACCAUGGCUGAGCGGACGGUCCCCCAUGCCUACCCCAUGAGCACGGAAUACGAGUUCGCCAACCCCAGCAAGAUCUAUGACCAGAACUUUGGGGAAGGUGUGUCCCCUGCAGAGAUUUUAGCCCCCACCUUGUAUCAUGGGUACUACAUCAGGCCCCGGAUCAACAAGCAGCUGGACCGGGGGAUCUCUGAGAUCAACCUCAAUGAGCACAAAUUCCAGGUGUUUCUGGAUGUCUGCCACUUCCUGCCUGACGAGAUCGCCGUCCGCACGGUGGACAACCUGCUGGAGGUGACAGCUCAGCACUCCCAGAAAGCUGACCGCCAUGGCUUCAUCUCCCGGGAAUUCACCAGGACAUACAUCCUCCCACUGGAUGCUGACCCCCUGCGAGUUAAAGCCACGCUGUCCCAUGAUGGCAUCUUGAGCGUAGAGGCUCCCCGAACUGGGGGGGAAGUGGAGGCCAGAAUCAAGGAUGUGAAAAUAACUCACCAAGAUCAGCCAGUGGGGAUGGAUAAGGGGAAGGGACAAGCUGAGCCCUAAAGCACCCUGGGGCUCUGCUUCAAUUGGGGGGAUAUGUGAUUGUGCCAGAACCUUAUUUCUCACCCCCAGUGCUUAGCUUUGGGGGAAGACCACUGGUUGGAAAAGAGGUGGUGGAGUUGAAGAAAGAGAGUGCGGGGGGGACCAUAACUGAAGCCUUUUCCCAGUUCAAGCACUGCCCAGAGGAAGGUAGUACAUGCUGCCAUCGCUACUCCGUUAUCCAGAAAUAACAGGGGUCACCUCCUGCCAUAAACUGCUGUGCUGUGUUGCUGUGGGCUGUUAACCAGCUGCUGUGUUCCACCCCGGAGGGGGCUGCAUUUCAGUGGUGGGUGGAGUAAUCCAGUGCAUCGUUUUUAAACCUGUUGCUAACAUUUGUGGAGAGCUUUGGGGGUGAAAGGGGCUGUAAGUAUGUAAAAACAACAAUAGUUCUUAAGAGGAACGAGGAAUAAAUCUAGCUCUAAUCUC